AUAAUUCAGUUUGUAGGUGAAAAGACGAAGGCAAAAUGGGUAAAUUUGCUCUCGUGCUGGCUCUUGUUGUUUGCAUCGCGACGCUUUCUCGUGGUGAGAAAGCUCGCUUUGACCACUACAAAGUGAUCACAGUGGCCAUCGAGAAUGAGGAACAACUGCAAGUGAUGCGAGACUUGGAAAACACAUCUUCGUCAAGUUAUGACUUCUGGAUCGGCCCUACAAAGAUUGGACGUCCUGUGGAUAUCAUGGUGCCUCCCCACAAAGUAUCUGAGUUUGAAGAGAUCAUGUCGACUUAUCAUUUCAAAACCAACUUGAAGGUUGCAAACGUCCAAGAACUCAUUGACAACGAACAGCCGAAAUUUCGCCCAAAAGCUGAUGGUUUUGGUUGGGAACAAUACCACACUCUGGAUGAAAUUUACACAUGGCUAGAUGAACAGGUUGCACAGUAUCCAAAUAUCUUAACAGCAAUUGACGCAGGGACUAGUUACGAAGGACGGCUAAUCAAGGGCGUAAAGUUAUCUUAUAACGUAGGCAAUCCAGCAAUUUUUAUUGAAUCCAACACUCAUGCCAGAGAAUGGAUAACUUCCGCAACUGCCACGUAUGUUCUUAACGAGUUCCUGACUUCUUCAGAUCCGGAUAUUCGACGAAUUGCUGAAAAUUACGAUUGGUACAUUUUCACAAAUGUUAAUCCCGAUGGCUUCUAUUAUUCCCAUGUGACAAAUCGCAUGUGGAGAAAAACGCGGUCAAAUCAGGGACUGAUCUGCAAAGGUGUAGAUCCGAAUAGGAACUGGGCUCAUCAGUGGCAAGAUGGACGCAAUCCUGGAGCAAGUAAUGACAUCUGUUCUGAAACUUUUGCUGGCCCUGAGCCAUUUUCCGAACCUGAGACUAAGCAAUUGGCAGACUUUGUACUUGAACACUUGCAAAACAUCAAGGUCUAUCUAUCCUUCCAUUCGUACAGUCAACUUCUCCUCUACCCGUGGUCCUACACUCAGGAUCCAGCUGACAACUAUGAUGAUCUUCGCCAGAUAGGCGAUGUGACGGGAGAUAGAUUGAGAGAGCUCUUCGGCACUGUGUACACCGUGCAGAGCUCCUGGGACCUCUACGUAUCGACUGGCACCAGCGUUGACUGGGCUUAUGGUGAUGCUGGCAUCAAAAUUGGCUACACCUACGAAUUCCGCGACAGAGGCACUUAUGGAUUCAUCCUGCCAGCAGAGCAGAUCAUCCCCAAUGCGAUCGAAGUUCUAGAAUCCAUGAUCGCUAUGUUGGAUGAAUGCGAAAGAUUGGGCUACAUGGCGUGAAGUAAUAUGUGAUGUAGCAUACAAAUACAUAUAAUAAAUUUUUUGAAAGAGCAUUGAAUGUAUUAUCUAAUCUUCAUUAUAAGCUAGGAAGAAAUAAACAAUG